AACUGUAGUAGUCCAGUUUCUUUUAGUUUCGAUACUUCACACUUUAGGACAUCUACCGGGUUCACCUCUUCAGCUGUGUUUUUAUAUUUAACGCUGUAGCUGACAUAUUUUGCUGCCAAACGCAUCACGUCCAUCUUGGUUGUAGACUGCAGGGGCGAGCACGUUAAGGUGGCUGUGUCAGGUUUUGGUGACAGUGGGGCGCUGCCGGUGACCGGACUGGGUGGAGAGGAGAUAACGAGUUAAAACACGGCUGUGUGGAGCUGUCACUGACAGAUAAUGCUGUUCAACAACCGUCGGACACGAACAAUAACUUGGCCCACAUCGGGCUUGGGUUCUCUGAAGAGAUCAGGAGCCGAAAUGCUGCUGCAGUGCUGAAUGAAGCUGCGUUUGAAAACAGCUGUGAGUUACUCUGACUGAUGCGUUUAGUCAUAGCUGUUAACCUCAACUGUUAGUUAUAUUUAUUAGAGCGUGGGUUUCGUACUUUCUGCUCUUUUUCACAGCAUUUGAUAAUGAAAGUGAUAAUGAUUCAGGCUGGAUCACAGCUAACUUAAUGUGCAAAUGCAGGACGACUUUUUAUCCCUUUUAUCUGUAACUUUAUGGAGUAAUGAUGCUGCGAAUGACAAGAUUCACCGCGGCAGGAAAACUGCUAUCACAAAAGUGGAGCAUUUCCUGCUCCCAUCCUGAAAGACUUUACCAGCUGCCUUGUCGGACUUCGGGAAGGUCGCGGAACAAGCAAGUUUCAGAGCGGGGAGCUGAACAUUAUGGGGUCUGUUUUGUACCUUUGUACGUGAGGAACGUCCCGUCCCAACAUGCCUGUAUCCGCCUGGGAGUGGGCUCUGUUCUCCCUGGUGUUUGGCCACACUCCAUGCGGGCUGUUGCUCUCUACAGCACCUCAGCGGACUCGAAGCGAGCAGAGCAUGCGGGAAACGAGAAAAGUCAGGUCAAGACCAACGACAGACCUGCUCGGAUACCCUCAAAUGACCUCAAAAAGUUGUUGCAGCUCGCCUAUCCGGAACGCUGGAGACUGACGGCUGCGGUGGGCUUCCUGGUUGUUUCCAGUGCUGUCACUAUGUCUGCCCCAUUUUUCCUGGGUCGAGUGAUUGACACCAUUUACACAAGCUCAUCUGCAGACUUCAGCUCCUCCCUGACGUCGCUGUGCAUCAUGCUAGCAGGGAUAUUCCUGUGUGGAGGUGCUGCAAAUGCUGCUCGUGUCUACCUCAUGGAAAUUUCAGGGCGGCGGAUUGUGAGAAGCUUACGUGAAUCCCUUUUUUCCUCGAUUUUGAGGCAGGAGGUGGGAUUCUUUGAUAAAACUCGUACUGGUGAGCUCAUUAACCGCCUUUCAGCAGACGCAUCUGUGGUCGGAUAUGCGCUCACUGACAACUUGUCUGAUGGCCUUCGGUCAGUUGCUCAGGCGGCCGCUGGAGUGAGCAUGAUGUUCUACGUGUCUCCCAGUCUGGCUACCUUUGUCCUAAUGAUUGUGCCUCCUAUGGCUGGCCUGGCUGUUAUCUAUGGAAGAUAUUUGCGCGCCAUAUCCAAACGAACACAGGAUUCUUUGGCAGAGGCUACACAGCUGGCAGAGGAGAAGAUCAGUAACUUGCGGACAGUUCGUGCAUUCGGCAAAGAGCUGACAGAGGUGCAGAAGUAUGCAGAGAGGGUGGACCAUGUUCUCCAUUUGGCUAAGAAAGAAGCUGUGCUUCGCUCUGGGUUCUUUGGAGCUACGGGUCUGAGCGGGAACAUCAUCAUUCUGAGUGUUCUGUACAAGGGCGGGCUGCUGAUGGCCAGUGAGCACAUGACUGUAGGAGAGCUCUCCUCCUUCCUCAUGUAUGCCUUCUGGGUGGGCGUCAGUGUUGCUGGUUUCAGCUCAUUCUACUCUGAGCUGAUGAAGGGUUUUGGUGCUGGAACUCGUCUUUGGGAGCUAAUGGAGCGAAAGCCCGAACUUCCUCUCAAUGAGGGACUCAUGUUAAAACCAGAGCAGCUCAAAGGAGCUCUGGAGUUCCAUAACGUGUCCUUCGCUUACCCAACACGAAAGGAUGCCCCCAUCUUUGAGGACCUCAGUCUGUCUGUUCCAGCUGGCUCAGUGAUGGCUGUGGUAGGGCCCAGUGGCUCAGGAAAAUCUACCCUGGUGUCCCUUCUGCUACGCUUUUAUGACCCAGACUCAGGCAUGGUAACUGUAGAUGGUCAUGACAUUCGAGAUUUGAAUCCUUACUGGCUACGGAGUCAUAUUGGAACAGUAAGCCAGGAGCCAGUACUUUUCUCCUGCUCCAUUGCUGAGAACAUUGCUUAUGGGGCAACAGACCCCAGUAGGGUCACACCACAGGACAUCGUCCGUGCAGCGCAGAUAGCUAAUGCACAUGACUUCAUUCAUGGUUUCCCCAAAGGUUUCGACACUGUGGUUGGCGAGAAAGGGGUCCUGCUCUCAGGUGGACAGAAGCAAAGAAUUGCUAUUGCAAGAGCCUUGCUGAAGGAUCCCAAAAUACUGUUAUUAGAUGAAGCCACAAGUGCUUUGGAUGCAGAGAAUGAAUUCCUGGUGCAGGAGGCUCUCGAUCGGCUGAUGGAAGGCCGCACCGUGCUCAUCAUUGCCCACCGUCUGUCCACCAUCCAAAGUGCAGACGCUGUGGCUGUGCUGGACCAGCAUCGUGUGGUGGAAUGUGGCCGCCAUGUUCAGCUUCUUGCGAACCAAGACAGCCUUUUCCGCAAACUCAUGGAAAAGCAGGCCUUUCUACAGUCUGAGCAGAGAGAGGCUCUCUCCAAGUAGAAGAAAUGUAAUGUUAUGAAAGCACUGAUAGAAGUAUAAGUAUAUAAACACUGGAGUACAGCUUGAAAAUAAGCAGAUGUUGAUGCUGCAGCUGGAAUUGUAUUUUCUUGUGUCUGAGUGCCUAUGUACAGUAUAUAUUCUUUCACCAAUAUUAGGGAAAGACAAAGAGAAAAAAACUUUAUAUUUAAAAGGGACUUAAGUGUAGGCCAGUUUAAAACACUGCCACUUUACAUGUAACUAGAUUUUUUUUACCUUAUCAUUGAUAAAGACAGGGUGCUACUGUGAUGUCAGUUUAAAUAGCUGUCAUUGAAUAUUUGACAUCAUAUGAUAAGAAUUUGUACUAACACAGUAUGCACAUAAACAUGUUAAUAUGGAUGUGCAGUAUUUUUGCUAAUAAGAGACAAAAUGUAUGUAAAAACUAACAAUAGGUGUGAAAGCUUAUUAUUGUGGUUCCUGUUCAGUAGCACUAUAACAUUAUACAGUAGUAUAACAUGGAGAUCCUGUCUCUGAUAUUUCAGUUGACAAACCUAAUGAGCUCAUAAAUUGUGUUUAAAAAAGUCAUAAUCUCCACCACAUUAAUCAAUGUAAAAUCACAUUAUAAGUGCUGACACUAUAAAUCUAUGUAGUUCUUUAGCACAUAACUUCCUUCUAUACAACAUCAAGAAAUAAUCUGAUCAUGUUAACAUGACUGCACAGUCUGUCUGAAUCACUAAUCACAGAUAUUACAACAAAAUUCUUCCUGAUUUGUCUUGUGUAUUCAUGUUAAAGUAGUUUAAAGAAUAAUCACUCGCUGGUGUAACAGGAAAUCACUCAUAUAUUUUAAACUGAGAGAUGAUUAUUAUUGUCACAAUGGUAUUUGCAAGCAUACACUAUUAGAAAUUUUUUGUUGCUUAUAUGUUGCUUUUUCACUCCUCAAUCAGAAUGUUUUAUCGUUGUGAUGAAAUGCUUCUAAGUUAUGGGAAUAUUUUAAUGUUUGGCAUGCUGAUUUAUCAGAAUUGUUUAUAUAGAGUAAAACACUUAUAUAGACAUUGAAGUUUUGAUUUUAUUCACAGUGUUUAAUUUAGACUUAAGCGGAGAAACGGGCACCUAUCCUUUCUCAGUCCCAAUCGACAAGUCUCUCAUGGAUUCAGUUGAAGUUGACCAAGCACUUACCACCAAAAGAGGGCACUGUUGCCCUUAGAAAAGAUUUGCAUGAGUCAUGACACCUUAUCUGAAACUCAUUUUGUAACUCUUUUUUCCUGACCAAUCUAUGUCUAAUCUGUCUCUGAAUUAAAAGGGUGUAUCCUA